AGGGCGGGCGGUGCCUCGGCAGGGGCCCCGCAGCUGCCGGUGCCGGCGGGGGCGGUGCGGGGCCCCUCCUGCCCGGGCUGCUGGGAGUUGUGGUUCGGCGGCGGCGGCGGAGCGCGGAGAGCGGAGCGGAACCGGGGAGGGGGGGCCCGCACCGGCGGCGGCUGCAGAGCCUCCCUCCUGCCCUGCCUUCCACCAUGAGGAUCCUUCGGUGACACCAGUGCUGACCCACCUCGCUGGCACCCCUGGGCAGCCUGGCCACCCUCUCCCCCCAGGAGCUGCCAGCUGCUGCCACCCAUGCAGAGCUCCCAGGCGUGCCAGGCAGAGCCACAGCUCCACUUCCCCAUGGCAGCCUCUUCUCCCCCCGCCCCGGCGCAGCCGCACGGUGUGGGUCCCUUCGAGCAGCAGGAGGACUGAGCGCCGUACGCCCACCCCCACCCCCAGCUGCACCACCAUGUCUGCGGAGUGGCUGCUGGGCUGGAGCUGGUCCCUGGACGGCCUCCGGGAUUGCAUCGCCGCCGGGAUCCAAUCCUUCCGGGACUGCGACGCCAGCGCCUUGGCCGCCGUCGCCUGCCUGCUGCUCCUCUUCCUCUGGUACUGCUACCACGUCGGGCGGGAGCAGCCCCGCGCCUACGCCACCGUCAACGCCCUGAUGCAGAGCGCCGAGGCCAACGGCGUCCAGAACGGCUUCGCCUACUGCCACUCCGCCGAGUGCGUCCGCUGCGCCCACCACGACGGCCUCAACCAGAAGCUCUACCACAACCUGCAGGAGUACGCCAAGCGCUACUCCUGGUCUGGCAUGGGCAGGAUCCACAAAGGCAUCCGGGAGCAGGGGCGUUACCUCAACAGCCGCCCCUCCAUCCAGAAGCCGGAGGUCUUCUUCCUGCCAGACUUGCCCACCGCUCCUUACUUCUCCCGGGACGCUCAGAAACACGACGUGGAGGUGCUGGAGCGCAACUUCCAGACCAUCCUGUGCGAGUUUGAGACCCUCUACAAAGCUUUCUCAAACUGCAGCCUCCCGCAAGGAUGGAAAAUGAACAGCACGCCCAGCGGGGAGUGGUUCACCUUCUACCUGGUGAACCAGGGCAUGUGCGUGCCCAGGAACUGCAGGAGAUGCCCACGGACGUACCGCUUGCUCGGCAGCCUCCGCACCUGCAUUGGCAACAACGUCUUUGGCAACGCCUGCAUCUCGGUGCUGAGCCCGGGCACCGUCAUCGCCGAGCACUACGGACCCACCAACAUCCGCAUCCGCUGCCACCUCGGUCUGAAGACACCCAGCAACUGUGAGCUGGUGGUGGGGGGUGAGCCUCAGUGCUGGGCUGAGGGUCGCUGCUUGCUCUUUGAUGACUCCUUCCUGCACACAGCAUUUCAUGAAGGCCCCCCUGAGGAAGGUCCCCGCGUGGUCUUCAUGGUGGACCUGUGGCACCCCAACGUGGCUGCCGCCGAGCGCCAAGCCCUCGACUUCAUCUUCGCCCCGGGACGAUGACGGCGCUGGCCUCGGUGUCGUGGGUUCGAGGGCAGCCGGGGAGCGGCCGUGCCGGCGGCCGUGCCAGCGGCCGUGCCAGCUGGGCUCCCGUGUGGGUCCUCUGCUGGAUGCCUGCCGCGCUGGAAGCAUCGCAGCCUCGGGGUCCUCCCUCCUGGGCUCUUGUAAAUGGAAACUGCGCCGUGUAAUCAACGCCCAUCCUCCCUCUCCCCACUCCCUUCCUUCCCCCCUCCCUUCCUUCCCCCUUCCCUUCCUUCCCCCCUUCCUUCCUUCCUUCCUUCCUUCCUUCCUUCCUUCCUUCCUUCCUUCCUUCCUUCCUUCCUUCCUUCCUUCCUUCCUUCCUUCCUUCCUUCCUUCCUUCCUU